CCCUCGGCCCAUUGGCACCACUGGAAUAAACGAUACGUCGUCAUAAAUUUCAAGCAUUGUGAGUUAAGGUUAAAAUGCUAGUCUUCGAUUUAUAGAACAAAAAAAAUGAAGCGGAAUUUUUCGAAACGUUUCCUUAUAAACGAAACUUUGGGAAAAGUGAAAGAUCGCGAGGGCAUGACGGAUCAUAUCGCGGCCUCCUAUUGACCAACGGAUUGGAGUUUUAAAAGCACAACUACAGAUUUAGACAAAAUGGAUUCAAUUCCUAAACAGGCAGAAGAACCGAAAGCUCCUGAUAAGAAUUCAAUUAUUCGUCAGAACGAAAAGGAUUUUAGUAAUAGGUUUAAGGCUGUGGGAGACAAUGAUUGUGAUAAAACGAGACUGAGUAGUGGGCAGGACUCUACCGUUUCCUCCUUGGACGAAACUGGAUUAAAGGCACUAUUAGAUGAGGCCAUUGCGUAUAGAACUCCCAAUGAUGUUCAAGGAAAAAGUGAUCUUUUUAAGGAGUUAUUACAUUGUGCGGAGACUGAAAAUAAAUUUUCUGGAAUGGAGCGACCUGAAAGGCACAAUCGAAAAUUGAGAAGGCGACAAGGAUUCGGGAGUAAGAAAGAUUGUGACAAAACGAAUACGCACGGAUCCUUACAAGAUUUGGCUCAAGUGCACAAUCUAGUCCCUAACCAAGACGAGUUUUGCAAAUCACACGCUAAGAAUAACAGCAGACAGAGGCUUAGUUCAUGGAAAAGCGGUGGACAGGACAUAAAUAUGAUCCCUUACAAGGAGGAGGAUUAUUCAUCUAUAAUAAACAAUGGGAACUAUGGUUCAUUUACAAAUUUCUAUAAGCUGCAACAAUUCAUCUCAAAUGAAACCAACAUUUAUAAAGUUGUUGACGAUCAAACUGGAGCAUCUCCUUAUAGUUGCCCUGAGAAAAAGUCUUGUGAUGAAAAUAGUCAGACUGCAGAAGAUGGAGUGAAGACGAUAAUAAAAACUGUUACUGAUGAAAAAGAGAAAAGUUUAUUGAUUGCUGAAGCACUGAACCGUGAAGGGUUGAUUGAAAAGAAAAAUCUGGAUGAAAAUGGUAAUGCUCUUGGCAAUAAUCUUGAAUUCAAGAGAAAACGCCGAGGAGUAAAGGCAAAGAAUGACAAGAACACAAUUUUAUCACAACACAUUGAGGGACAUAGAAGUGAUAUUGCUCAAGAUAUAGAUGCUUUGAUGAAAUAUAUUGAGUCGCCCACUCAUGGUGAAGACAAAAGAGGAAGGCAGAUGAAUUUCACAAAAAAUUCUGGACAUAUUGCUAGCAAACUUCAGCCACGAGAUAAGAGCUCGGAAACAUUGAGAAAAGGUCGUAAAAGUAAAGAUACGCAAUUUCAUAAAAGCAACAGUCUAGAAGAAGUUUCAGUUUCAAAGUUUGAAGAUCUCACUCAGAGCGAGGUGAAGAAAAGUGAAACACAACAGGAUAUCAAAUCUUUGCCUUUGAAACUUGAAAAUAAAACAGAAUGUCAAAAGGUAGAACAAAAAUCAUGCCCGACAAAACUCGACAAGAACAAUUUAGAAAAGGGAAAUAAAAUAAAUCCAAAACCUGACUCUAACGUUAUUAUGAUUGAAAAUAUUAUGCCAAGAAAAGAGGAUCCUGAACUUCAAGAUGCUGAAUUCCAUACCGUCACAAAAAAACAAAAGAAAAGGAAAAAUAUUUUCUUUGUAAACAGGAAUAGGGGAAGGGAGCAACAUCAAUAUGGCCACAAGCAAGAAUAUAGACAUGACUACAAAAACUUUUAUGCUCAUGACAACAAACAAAGAGGUGGACUAUAUUCAUUUAAAAGAAAAAAUGAUUACCAUAGGAGAAAAUCUACAUCGUCAGUUCCGUCUUCAGAAAAGUCUGGUGAAAGUUCCGACUUAGACAGUGUCCAUUCUUUGCCUGUCUCUAGUACCAAGGUUAAAAGGAAUGAAAUGAAUUUGGAAACAAGAGCAAAUAGUAAUCACACAUCUUAUGCUGACAUAAUUAAGGCUGUACCAACACCUUCUAAACAGGUCAAUGAGUCCUCUUACAUCUCAGAAUCUUGUGAUAAAACAUCUGGUUCAAAUGAUGUUAUUGAACCUAAUGAACCUGUACCAUCCGUUAUGGUAUCACUGCCAAAGAAACGUGAAAAAAAUAGCUUUAGUCCUAUUUGCAGCCCUCAAGAUUAUCCACCUUUGUUACAUAUUGGGGAUUCAAAUCAGGUUAACUCCAGCAGUCAUAGUAGAACUAACACCAGUAACAAUCAGAGUACUUCAAGUAAUUUGAUUAGCACAGCUCCAAGUACUGCAAACGAUAGUGCAAAUAAAACAUCAAAUAGUUCAAAUGACAUGUUUGUGGAAUUUACUUUGGUUGUUCCUCCUAAGGAUAAAUAUGUAAAUAAGUGUGUGAAUGUGGAAGAGACAGUGUAUGUAAAAAUUAAACCCAGUGAUAAUGUUACCCCUGCUCCUCCACCUGGUGAAGAAACAGUACCAAAACGGCCUCCUGUGAUACUUUUGAGCCGAACUAAGGAAAGGCCAAUAGUUAAUGACUUAGAAUUUGGUUUUGAGAUUAAUGAACAGCUGUUGCAAGGUGAAGAAGAAUUGGCUGUUAAAAAGAAACCCACUGUAGAAAAUUCUCACUUGAAUCAGUGUAAGGACAAUUAUUAUGCUAACGUAAUGAAAGCAACUUCAAAUGGAGACAUCGACAGCAUAAUCAAAUUUAUUUCAUCAGAUUGGGAGUACAUACAGAGUGGACUUGCAGGAGAAGUGAAGUACUUUUCUGGAUAAUUAUUGUUACUGAGUUUAAAAUUGUACAUUCUUCAAUAAAAUGAUUAAUUUUACUUUCUUCCCUUUUCUCACUGUUAAAGGAAGAUCUCACCGAUUUUUUCGCUUUUAAGGUACGUUUUAAAACUAAUAUUACUUUGUAUUUGGAAAUGUAUGUAUACAAGUUUUCAUAUUAAAUACAAAUUCUUUGUAUAUUGGAUAUUAUUAUUUUAUUCCACGGAAGAAAAUAUAUAUAUGUUCUAUUGAGUAUAUUUAAUCAUUUAACAUUGUCUUCUACUGGUUUAUUUUUAGCCAAUUUUAUACUAAAAGAAAUGCAAUGACCGAACUGGAAUUAUAUUAAAAAAAUAAUGUUAUAAUUUUUUUAUACUAAGCAGAGACCCAUUCACUGCCCUAAAGUAUUUAUUAAAACCUUCCAAUUUUUCUAAGCAAUAACCAUAUAUAUCGACUAUAUAAAUAUAUAUAUAUAUAUAUAUAUAUA